AUGGCUCCACGGCCAGAGAUUGGAAAUGACACCUCAGUCUCUCCACCAGAUCUUGACCCAAACUCGUCCAAAGAUGCAUUGGUGCUUCCAGCGUACUCCACUGUGGCUCUUGUGGAUUUGGAUUCUAAAUCAGAGGACCCAUGGGACCUUCCUGAGCUCAAGGACAUAGGGCCCAAAUGGUCAGAAUUGGACACAAAGGGGAAAGUUCUCCGAGUGGUGACCUCGAUUGGAAAGGGCAUUCUCUUGGUUGGAUUCCUUUACGUGUUCGUUUGCUCCCUAGACGUUCUGAGCUCUGCAUUUCAGCUUGUUGGUGGAAAAGCAGCUGGAGAUAUCUUUCAAGACAACGUGGUGUUGUCCAACCCUGUAGCAGGGCUCGUGAUUGGUGUUCUGGUUACGGUGCUGGUUCAGAGCUCCAGCACUUCUUCAUCCAUUGUGGUUAGCAUGGUGUCAGCUAAAAUACUGGAUGUGAAGUCAGCAGUGCCUAUCAUUAUGGGUGCUAACAUCGGUACCUCCAUCACCAAUACCAUCGUGGCUGUGAUGCAGGCUGGAGACCGUAACGAGUUCCGCAGGGCAUUUGCAGGAGCCACAGUACAUGACUUUUUUAACUGGCUGUCUGUGUUGGUGUUGCUGCCUCUGGAAGCAGCCACUGGUGUCUUGUACAAGCUCACCAAAUGCCUCAUUGACUCAUUCCAAAUCAAGACAGGCCAGGAUGCCCCAGACUUGCUCAAAGUCAUCACUGAACCACUCACCAAGAACAUCAUUGAGCUGGACAGCUCUGUCAUCAGUGCCAUAGCCACUGGUGAUCCCACUGCUCGAAACAAAAGCCUGAUCAAGAUAUGGUGCAAAACGGAGAAAGUCAUAAGUCUGGAGAAUGUCACCGUUCCUGGAGAAGCAAACUGUACAGUUGGUGUCCCAUGCUGGAUAGUGGGCAACCAGACAUGGACACAGAAGAACAUAACACAGACCAAGAACUUAGAGAAAUGUAGUCAUCUCUUUGCAUCAGCAAAUCUGCCUGACUUGGCUGUGGGACUGAUCCUGCUAGCUCUGUCCCUGCUGGUGCUCUGUACAUGCCUCAUUCUCAUCGUCAAGCUGCUCAACUCCAUGCUCAAGGGUCAGGUGGCUGUCGUCAUUAAGAAGGUGCUCAACACAGAUUUCCCCUUUCCAUUUGGAUGGGUCACUGGUUACCUCGCUAUCUUGGUGGGGGCAGGAAUGACCUUCAUCGUGCAAAGCAGUUCAGUCUUCACCUCCGCCAUUACACCUCUUGUUGGUAUUGGUGUCAUUAGCAUUGAACGAGCCUAUCCCCUUACGCUUGGCUCCAAUAUUGGGACAACAACAACUGCUAUUCUUGCUGCCAUGGCAAGUCCUGGAGAGACGCUUGCCAACUCGCUACAGAUCUCUCUUUGCCAUUUCUUCUUCAACAUCUUUGGCAUAAUUUUGUGGUACCCAAUUCCUUUCACACGUGUGCCUAUCCGGCUGGCUAAAGCACUGGGUAACCGCACAGCCAAAUACCGCUGGUUUGCCAUCAUCUACUUGUUUGCUUGCUUCUUCAUUAUGCCUUUGACAGUGCUGGGGCUCUCCAUCGCUGGCUGGCAGGUCCUUGUGGGGGUUGGUGUGCCCGUGGUGGUAUUGGUGGUCUUUGUGGUUGUGGUGAAUAUCAUGCAGUCACGCUGCCCACACUUCCUGGUUCCUGUGCUGCGCACUUGGGACUUCCUUCCCCGGCCGCUGCAUUCGCUCAAACCAUGGGACCGUAUUGUCACCAGAGUGAUGGGCUUCUGUGGGGCACACUGCUGCUGUUGUUGCAAGUGCUGCAAGAAGGAAGAAUCAGACAAUGAAGAGAAGGAUAUGAAAGACUUGGAGAUGUACGACAACCCCGCACUUUCUGUGAACGAUGAGAAGAGCCACAUUCAAACAGUGUCUGGAACACAUCUGUAG